UGUUCUGUAUUCUUUGGACCUUUAUAAUGACAGUGCUCAUUACGCUCUUACCAAGUUUAAGAAGCAGUUCCUGUAUGAUGAAAUUGAAGCAGAGGUAAACCUGUGUUUUGAUCAAUUUGUCUACAAGCUGGCGGACCAAAUAUUUGCAUACUACAAGGCAAUGGCUGGCAGUCUGCUGCUGGAUAAACGGCUGCGUUCAGAAUGCAAGAACCAGGGAGCAACCAUUCAGUUACUGCAGUCCAACCGCUACGAAACGCUGCUGAAACAGAGACACGUGCAGCUUCUUGGCAGGUCAAUAGACUUGAACCGACUAAUCACGCAGCGGAUUUCAGCAGCCAUGUAUCGAUCCAUGGAACUGGCAAUCGGCCGCUUCGAGAGCGAGGAUUUGACCUCCAUUGUG